AUGGACCAAACAAGUAGCGAUAAAGACUUGCCCCCAACAUAUGAGUCGUUAUUUACAAAUUCCACCCCUUCUGUAGCAGUCACAUUGGCAUCUAAUCCUAUCAACCAUCAUCUUCCAAUAGGCGCCCCAAACCCUAGUCUAUCUGACAAUACAACACCAGGCUACGAGACAAACACAACUCCAAAUGCAUUGCCCGCGCCCAAAACAAUAUACUGUCCCACCUAUACGAGUUAUAAGACCGGCCAACCAGUCUUCCUUCCUAUCGAAUCUGUCUUAGGAGAGUAUGUUAAGAUAAGCAAUCUCGAAGACUGGAAACUUAGAAGCCUUCUGCCGCUAAGACUGGCAAGUGUAUUGGAUGAUUUUCUUGGCGCAUUCACUUUCGUAUCGUUUGUCUCCCAGCUAAACAUCUAUCUAUACAACAUGAAUAGCCAUAGCCCAUGGGUCUUUAUUGUUGCCUUCCUUAUGUUACUCUUUACAAUCACUGUGAUACUUACCAAGAUGGCAGUGGCAGCAAACACAUGCAUUCCCCGCUACACAUUGAACUGCCAAGCACAGAAACGUAAUCCUGUUAAUUGCACUCUCCAGUAUUAUAUCUUUAGAGGCUUUACGCAUAUAGGUGCCAUCCUGUCUGCCAUACUCGUUUGCGUUCUCCUUGGCCUCCUUAAUCAUCAUAACUGCAACAUUAUUAUCUUCAUUCUGUGCUUUAUUGAGGUACGAAUGCUAUUAUUGCGGAUCAGGUCUCUCAAUGCUGCUAAACGAUGUGAGUCGACCGACGAUGAUCUGGGCCCUAAACGCCGAGCUGGAUUUUUGAUUGUCGAUAGAAUAUAUAAGCUAACCAUGGUCUUCACGGGAAUGAACAUUGGGAUGACCAUUUUCCUCUUCUGCGCGGAGCUUUUAGCACAACAAAGUCCGACGCCAGUCCACUAA